CUGUGCCCUUGACCCCCAUGGACCCCAUGAGGCGGUCCCCCUCCCCCUGCUCAUCAAGACCCUCCAGCCCCAGGACACCACCCUGCGAGAUGCUUGGCUACGUGGGCAUAGAAGCCGUGCUGGACCAGCUGAAGAUCAAGGCCAUGAAGAUGGGGUUUGAGUUCAACAUCAUGGUGGUGGGGCAGAGCGGGCUGGGCAAGUCCACAAUGGUGCACACCCUCUUCAAGUCCAAGAUGUGGAAGUCCACCGUACCGGGCCUGGGGACGCCCACACCCCAGACGCUGAAGCUGCAGUCGGUGACGCACGUCAUCGAGGAGAAGGGCGUGAAGCUCAAGCUGACAGUGACCGAUACACCUGGCUUCGGAGACCAGAUCAACAACGACAAGUGCUGGGACCCCAUCCUAGGCUACAUCAAUGAACAGUAUGAGCGGUACCUGCAGGAGGAGAUCCUCAUCACCCGCCAGCGCCACAUCCCCGACACCCGGGUGCACUGCUGUGUAUACUUCGUGCCGCCCACCGGGCACUGUCUGCGGCCCCUGGACAUUGAGUUCCUACAGCGGCUAUGCUGGACCGUGAACGUGGUGCCUGUGAUUGCCCGGGCCGACAGCCUGACCAUUGAGGAGCGAGAGACCUUCAGGCGCAGGGUGAUCUGGGCGCCCAGGGUGAUGGGGUCAGUGGGGGCAAGGAGGAGGCAGAGUGCACAGGAUGAGAUGUGGUCACCUGCGUCCCCAGAUCCAGCACAAUCUGAGGACUCACUGCAUCGACGUGUACCCGCAGAAAUGCUUUGAUGAGGACAUCAACGACAGGAUCCUCAAUAGCAAGAUCCGGCGCAGGGCAGGUGGGAAGUUCACAUACUCCUAGCAGGUAUGAAUCUCCAUACA